AUGAGUAAUAUUCGGUUAGGAUUACAGUCAAAUGAGUAUGAAAAGAUCCAAAGAAAAAGCUGGACAAAUAUUUUAUUCAGUCAGAGUGAUGAUGAUGAAGAGGAAACGUCCCCUCCAACAGUAAAUAAGGAGGGCAAGUUUUACAAAAAGCUGUAUGCCUUCAUAGAAUCAAAAGCUACAUACAUUAACCUAAUAUUGAGAGCAAAAAGCGAAGAAGAUAAAGCUGUUCCAAAAAAUAAAUACUCGAAAGCUAGUAGGAAAUCGUUCCAAGAAGAGAAAGAAGAAAGGGAAAGAUGUUUAAAUGAAAUCAAGGAUAUAGUUAAAGGUAUAUUUCCCAGGCGUUCCGAUGAGUACAUAGACGUGUACCUUAAGGAAAUUAUGAGUGAUCCCCCGAAAGAGAAUUGCCACCUUCACAAGAAAUUAUUCCAAAGGAAUGAUAAAAACAUGUUUGUAAAGCACAAUAUAAUAAGUUAUGUAUUCAAUUUUGUGGACUGUAAAACGUUGAUGAAAUUUAAGGAGUGUUCCAAAAUUGACAACGAAAUAGUAAGUUUAUAUCUUCGAAAAAUUUUAUAUUCCUUAUCUUUUAAAGAUCAAGAAAUAAAAACUAAUAUACAUUACUGGAAAAAUGUAAUUGAUUAUUUUUUUUUUAAAAGUGGAAAACUUAAACCAAUAGAUAGAACAUUAUACCCUUUAGUAUUAAAAGAACUAGAAAAGAAUAAAAGUUUUUGUGCUAUUACAAAAGAUUCAAUGGAAAGUACUAUUUUUAUUAGUUUAGAUUACUUUAAUGAAAAUCUUAUAUCAUGUUGUAAUCAUACUAAUCCUUUACCUCAUACAUGUAUACCUACGAAUGAAAUACAAGGAAUUAAACAAUACAAAACAGAAAAUAUUACUAUGGUUGAUUUUGUUCAAGAAUAUUAUAAACGAUUAACUAUUAUUGAUGAUGAACUCAUGUGGAGUGUAUGUUACUUUAGAAAGUCUACUCAGUUUCUUUCCUUGCUUCUUUUGGAGUAUAUUAAAUGUAUGAUGCUUGUUCUUAACAAAUAUAAAGGGAGCUGUAUUUUUAAAAAAACAGAAUAUUUGGUUAAUUGUGGACAUCAUAUUACUCAUCGUAUUUGGAUACAGCUGUUUUAUGAAUACGGAAACGAGUUAGUUGAUGUUCAGGAGAAAAGGAAAAAAAAGAAAAAAAAGAAAAGAAACGCCCAAAAUGAUCAUAAGGUUUCUGCGGCUGCCGCGUUUGAUGCUGAUUAUGGUGGUCAAUACGAUAAUGAUAAUGAUUAUGCUGAUGAUGAUUCUACCAACAACAACCGCACCUUGUACUUAACCAUCGCUGACCAUUACAAGUGGGAUGCAUAG